AUGGCGGGUCCGCUGCUCCGCACGCGGAUUCCCGGGAGUGCGGCCGCUCCUGCGUCUGCAGUCAAAAAGCUGGGGACCACGAGGACUGGGAUUUCAGACAUACUCACAUUAGAGAGUGAUUUCUUCACUUCUCCCACAAGAAAGACGGUUCGAUUUGGUGGAACUGUGUCAGAAAUCUUGCUGAAGUACAAAAAGGGUGAAACAAACGACUUUGAGUUGUUGAAGAACCAGCUGUUAGAUCCAGACAUAAAGGAUGACCAGCUCAUUAACUGGCUGCUGGAAUUCCGCUCUUCCGUCAUGUAUUUGACGAAGGACUUUGAGCAGAUUGUCAGUAUUCUGUUGAGACUGCAGUGGUUGAACCGAAGUCAGAACGUGGUGGAAGAAUACUUGGCUUUUCUCAGUAAUCUUGUAUCAGCACAGACAGUCUUUCUUCGACCAUGUCUCAGCAUGAUCGCUUCUCAUUUUGUACCUUCCCGAGUGAUCUUCAAGGAAGGUGAUGUGGAUGUUUCAGAUUCUGAUGAUGAAGAUGAUAAUCUUCCUGCCACCUUUGACACAUGUCACAGAGCCUUGCAGAUAAUAGUGAGAUAUGUCCCAUCGACACCCUGGUUUCUUAUGCCAAUACUGGUGGAAAAAUUUCCGUUUGUUCGAAAAUCAGAGAGAACGCUGGAGUGUUAUGUUCAUAACUUACUGAGGAUUAGUGUCUAUUUCCCAACCUUGAGGAAAGAGAUUCUUGAGCUUAUUGUUGAAAAGCUACUCAAGUUGGAUGUGAAUGCACCCCGGCAAGAUAUUGAAGAUACUGAGGAAGCAGCAGCUCAAACUCAUGACGUCACAGACGCCACAGAAGGAUUGUUUAAUAUGGAUGAAGAUGAAGAAACUAAAAAUGAAGCCAAGACUGAUCCUGCACAAUUAGACUGCAUGGUCCAUCCGGUGGCGGAACGCCUGGACAUCCUACUGUCUUUACUUUUGUCCUACAUUAAGGAUGUCUGCUACGUUGAUGGUAAGGUUGAUAUCAACAAAACAAAGGAUUUAUAUCGAGAUCUGAUCACCAUCUUUGACAAGCUCUUGUUAUCCACCCAUGCCUCCUGCCAUAGCAUCUGUACUCUAAAAUCAUGUCUAGAUCUUCUGGUGAACUGGCUGCACAUGUACCUUAAUAACCAGGACUCGGGAACGAAGGAUUUUUGUGAUGUUGCCCUGCAUGGACCCUUUUACUCAGCCUGUCAGGCCGUGUUCUACACCAUCGUUUUCAGACACUAAGAAUUAUUUUCUUUUUUAAUCAAAGGUUUGCAGUUCCUGCAGAAUCUAAAUCUUGAACGCAUAGUCAUGAGCCGGCUAAAUCCUCUGAAGAUUUGCCUGCCGUCGGUAGUUAACUACUUUGCUGCUGUGACAAGUAAAUACCAGCUGGUCUUCUGCUACACCAUCAUCGAGCGGAACAAUCGUCAGAUGCUGCCAGUCAUUAGACAUACCGCUGGGUCAAAAAAAUUCAUCGAUCCUAUUUAUCAAGUAUGGGAAGACAUGAUGGCUGAAGAGCUUCAAGAAUUUAAGAAACCCAUUAAAAAGGAGAUGGUGAUGACGGAGGAUGACGAUGAUGAUUUUUUGAAAGGUGAAAUUCUCCCAAAUGACCCUGUGAUCGAGAUCACGCCGAGCUCCUUCGACUCCCAUUUCCGAAGCCCGUCAAGCAGUGUGGGCUCCCCGCCGGUCCUCUACAGAGUAGACCAGUCCCCUCUUCUGUCAGGGAUUUGUGACUGA